AUGUGCUACGACGUCCUCUGGGCCUGCGAACGCUGCCACUCCACCUUCCCCCACCCGAACGGUAUCAUCUAUCAAUGCGAAGAGAAAGGCCACCCCUACCUCGAAGCAUGCGAGGAAGCGAAAAAGAACGGCGAGCCGCUGCCUGAGCCGGAACAUUGUGAUCCGCCUCGGGAAAGUAUUCUGGAUGAGCAGGAUAAAGGCUGUUCGGAUUUCUGUGAGGAGUGUCAGGGGGUGACGGAGGAGAAGGAGACGGAUUAUUAUCCGGAUGGGAAUGAGGAGGAUGAGGGUGGGAGUCGAACGUCUCAGAAUCAUGUUAAACAAACCGCCAAAUUGGUGGUGCUUAUCUAUCUCGGAAUGGCAAAGAAAGAAGGACAAUUCGUCUGA